UAACGGUGGCUUGACGCUGGGUGGCUUCUUCUGGUGGAGCGAGAGAGUAUUCACAACAAUAUGAUCCGAAGGCUUCCCGACACAGCCGCCCGCCUGUGACAGACAGACAGACAGACAGACAAUCAAACCGUCGGUAGGACAGCUUUUGUUUUCAUGUUUUCCACUGAGUGAUGCGUGUCGCUUCAAGUCCACGCGUGUGUAGUCCGUUUUCCUGUCAUGUUGGCGUGUGAUCUCCGUCUGCUUUGUGCACUGCAGUGGUGCGCAGCUCCGCCUGGACAAACACCUGUGCGCCUCCUCUGCUCUCCACUGGCCGCACUCGUGAAUGUUGAGUAGGGAACAGAUCAUCCGGAGAUGCGGUGUCUGUCUGCGUUUGUCUGAGAGCACGAGAAGAGCGAGCCGCGCAAAUACCGCACAGCCAGACAUCAUGCAAGGAGAACGCUCCCCUCACUGCAGAGCGGUGGUGAAAUGUUCGGCCUGAAGAGCGAGCGUGUCACAUCACAUCAGCAGACUGUCUACCAUGGGGAUAAGAGCAGCUUGACAUUAGACUCACUAACACUCUGCGUGUGAUUUCGGGGGGGGAGGCCUUUCAGUCGUGAUCGAGAAAAUCAAGAGAAGACGCGUUAACUCAUCCAUCGUCAGAUUCACUGAUCCAGAAACGAGCCGAGAUGGAGUGGUCGCUGGAGAACGUGAGGGAGAUGGUGGCCGGAGGGAUGCAGUCAGUCAGGGAGUGUGAGAUCUGCGCGUUUGCCAUCGCCAUGUGUGUGCUGCUGCUGUUUAUGUGGUAUUGUUACAGGGUGGGCCGGGAGCACGGGUCCAGCCCCUUGCGUGGCAGGUAUCUGGCGGGGCCCGGUCGGAUCGGAGGGGUGGUGGGAGGCUUCAUGAGUUCAGACUGUCGUGGCAGAGGGAAAGGGAAACACGGAUCAGCGGACGAGCAGAACGGCUUUGCUUUCUGUCAGUCCUCAGAGUGCUUCCGCUGUACCAGCGCUGGAGAAAGUCUGAACCAGAGGCUCUAUCACAGUCUACAGGAAUACGCCAAGCGCUACACCUGGUCAGGUAUGGGCAGGGUGCAUAAAGGAGUCCGUGAUCAAGGCCGAUACCUUAACAGCCGACCGACCAUCCAGCGGCCAGAGGUCUUCUUUCUGCCAGACCUACCCUCAGCCCCUUUUUUCUCCAGGGAGAUACAGAGGCAUGAUGUGGAGCUGCUGGAGCAGAGCUUCCCCGCUCUUCUGGCCGAGUUUGAGAGCAUCUACCACCAACCUCCAGCCCGCAGCGGGUCCUCUCUCCCGCCUGGGUGGAAGGUCAACAGCACUCCUCGUGGGCAGUGGUGGACCUACUACCUGGUCAACCAAGGCACCCCUCUGGUUCUUAAUGUCAGGAGGUGUCCGCGGGCGUGGAGGGUGCUGGGACAGCUGCGCACGUUCAUCGCCAACAACGUGUUUGGCAACGCCUGCUUUUCUGUGCUGACGCCCGGAGCUCUGAUCACUGAGCACUACGGUCCAACAAACGUCAGGCUGCGCUGCCACCUGGGUCUUAGAGUGCCCCCUGCCUGUGAGCUUGUAGUUGGCGGAGAGCCACAGUGCUGGUCUGAGGGCAGCUGUCUGCUUUUUGACGACUCCUUCCUCCACAGGGCCUUUCACGAGGGCAGCGCAGACGAUGGCCCCAGAGUGGUUUUCAUGGUGGACCUCUGGCACCCCAACGUGGCCGCUGCUGAGAGACAAGCCUUAGACUACAUUUUUACUCCAGGCCGUUUAGAGGACAAGGAUGGGAAAUAGGUGUGAGUGAGAGUCAGAUGGUCUUUAGGGAAAGUGUUUCCAGGAUUGGGGAGCAGCUCUUUUUUUUUUCUUCCACCAGACCAGCUCUCACAUUCACUGUGUACAUACUCUCUUUUACUCACACAUCUGUCAUUACCUUUCUUAGACAAUGACUAAACAUUGGGCCUCUUUUAUUAGUCAUGUAGCCAUUUUAUUAGUGUGUAUUAACACCAACGGCAGUGACUUUAAGGUGUGGUUUGUGACAACAAAUCAUUUAAAAUGCCUGUCUGUUUUUGUUUAUCCAUAUUUCCCUUUAACUUUAGGCCAAUUCAGGAGGGGAUUAAGUUUUGUUCUGGAUGCUGCUUGAAACUGCGGACAUGAUAAAUGACCCCUCGCCUGCCACUAAACGGUGUGUCACACUCUUGCUCUUAUGCCUCGCAGCAUAAAUAGCUCCAUAGGGUAAUCCAUUCUAGCCUUUAUGUUCCCAAACCUCCUCUGUGCCAUCAGGAAAGACACAACAGCACAAGUAUCUCCUUUUACUGUGUAACAAACAGUCAUAAUUAUUCUUCAACACAACCAGUCCCACUUCAAAUUGUCAGUGGGUGUGCACUUUUUUAUUUCAGCACUUUCAAAUGUGCAAAAACCUUUUGACUGUUAAAGGAAUACUUCACCGAUUAGCAUUUAGCUUUGUAUUACUAGAAUAGAGGUAGUAUUUUUUUAAAUAAAUUGUGCUUCCCAACCUCAGUUUCCCCUGAGUGGAGAAAUAUCUUCAUUCUUUCUUUGCUACGUGCCCACCAGUGACACUUGGUCCUGUUAGCGUAACUGUUAGCAAAGAUGGCGGACACUGUUUACAUUCUGGGAAUGAGGUCCCACCCCCUACGAGUGGGUCUAAAAAGUGCGGUCUGCACUGUGUUGGGUUUAAUUCAUAGACUUUAUAUGAAAAUGAUCCUUUUUGAGUGUAGAAAGUAGUCUGGAAGUAGCAGUUAACCCACCAGGGUGUGAACUCAAGUUUGAAUGGGAAAAUUAGCUUCUUUUUCUUCUCACUUGAGUUAUAACAUCUGAACAUUGCCCUGAGGCGUUAAAGGAAUAAUUCAAAAAUUGUGCUUCACAACCUCAGUUUCCCCUGAGUUGAGAAACAUCGUCCUUCAUUUCUUUGCUACGUGCCCACCAGUGACACUUGGCCCUGUUAGCGUAACUGUUAGCAAAGAUGGCGGACACUGAAGACAUUUCACAACUCAGGGGAAACUGAGGUUGGGAAGCACAAUUUUUCAAAAAUACUACCCCUAUUCUUGUAAUACAAAGCUGAAUGCAAAUGUUUCUAUUUUUUCUCCAGCGAUUUCAACCUCUGUUAUAGUUAGUGUUAAAAAAAUCACUGCAAGAGUAACACUGAAGCUAAGGAAGCACUGCUGGAAUGAACACUGUUUGGGUUUAUGUAACGGACACAUUCAACUAAACCCACAAACACAAACAUUCAGAAAGGUUAAAUCAGCCAAUGUGGAACAUGAAUGUAUUUGAUACUUGGUUAGUUUUUAUGACGUUGUGCUCAAACUGGCGUCUGUUUAUAGAUAAAUGACACAAACGCGUGACGGACUGUGAAGUGACCGUGUGACCUGUAGGCUCAGUGUCAUCGAGGACAACAGACUUGUCCGCGAGUGGUGUGAUAACUGAGGUCCAAUGUCGGUGUCAUGAUGUGAAUGUUUACAGCUAAUCUCUCUCUGUCAUGACGUGUGCUGGUGUGGUAGUUAACUGUGCUCCCCUCUGAGAAUCAGUCCUGCUUUUACAUGACAUGGUUAGAGAAGCACAUUUUUAGGUCAAACUGUGAGUGGGCCUGUGCUGUGUCUCUGGAGAUAAAAGUGUUUUUGGUAAAUUCACUAAACUCUUGUAAUUUGGUUGUAUUUGAUAUUAGGUAUUUGAUAUUUCUGUAAAUAAGGUUGAGGUUAAAAAAAAGCAAACAAACCCAGAAUUGUCUGAGAUGUUUUGAAAUGAUUGUCUUCGAUACUAUAACUAUUGUGUUGUCUUGAUUUACAGCGGAGAGAAAUGACUGCGUUUCACUCUCCGUUUCUUGAAAAGCCAACCAUUGGAGGAAUUUGAUAGAUUAAAUUUGUUGAUUCUGUAUGUUUAUGAAGUAUUAUCUCUGUUCUGUGAUGUUUUUUAUCCAUCGUUAAAGCCACAACUCUUAACUCUUCAGCGGCACUACAUGGCUAUAUCUGCACAGUCUAAAAGACAGCAGACGUGAAUCUUUAGCGGCUCGAUUCCACAUAAUCACCUGUUCAAUUCCAAUGUUUACAAAAGUACGGACAUUUACAAGUUGUUUACGACACUUUGACAAAAAACUGACACUCACAUUGAGCUGUCCACAACUCAUUUAGACGACGAAUUCUGUCAUUCCAAAGCAUUUGCUGUAACACUGUAUAAUGGGGGCAACCAUUUUGUUUACAUUUGGAUUAAAGACUUGUCCUUUAACACAUUCUUGUGCGGAUUUUGAACAGCAUUUCUGUACAUUUAAUAAAUGGUUGAGUAUCUUAUUUGAA